GACAAAUGUACUGAGGUGGAUUUUCUAUUAUUUAUAUUGGGUAUUUAAAUUAUGCAAGCAUAGUUUACGACAAUUAACAGAUCGUAAUACACCGGGUACAUUUGUACAUACACACACCACUCUAUACGCUAAAACGAUACAUCAGUAUGAAUACAACUCAGCGCCAUCUGUUGUUAUUAUUAUUUGUAUGGAAUACUUCUGGAAUCUUUACACUUUCGAAUAUUUUAUCACAUUUUGAAGAAACAGUUGGAGAUGAGAUACUGGUACGAGUAAGAGCCAGUGAAAGAAACAAACGUUCAGCAUCCGGGACAUUUCAUCCUGAUCGAUUCAAUUUAAGAUUAGCACCAUCUGGUAAAGAGGUCCACCUUUCGCUUCGAAGAAAUGACAGACUAACUACAGACGUACCGACUUUAAGUCUUAGAGAUCGACUAAUGCGUAAUGAAAUUUUCGAGGAAACAGAGGAACAGGUUUUUUAUCAAGAAAUAGAAAAUGGAGGCUCCUUUCUUGUUCACUUCAAUAAAGACAGUACAGAAACAAUGUAUGGGAUUUUCCAGUCCGGUGGCAGUGAAUUUAUUUUACAAUCAAACGAUACAGAUAAAACUACCUCUCAUAGAAAUGGUUUUCGAAAAUUUCAAAUAAAAAAGGCGGAAUCAAUAGGCGUCAACGAUGAAACUUUAUAUCUAGACAAGAAAUUAAAAUCUUCAAUUGAAAGGCACGAAUUAUCCGGCACAAGGAGACAUAAGAGAGCAUCGGGGACAUACAGUAUAGAAUUACUUAUUGUGGUUGACUAUGCAAUUUAUCAAAGAUGGUAUGGCAAAAGUACUGGUUCAACUGUCAACGAGAGAGACCAGAAUGCUGUUGCUUCUAUCAGACAAUACUAUGCAUUUGUUAUUAACGGGAUGGAUGCCAUGUAUAAGAAUCUACAAACGUCCAGUUUUACCAUUAAUAUUCUGUUUUCCGGAAUAAUAAUAGCAAAGACAGCAUCUGACGCACCAUGGACAGAGACAAUUAAAAUAACGAGUGUCACUCCUAACCAAGUACCUGCAUCUGCUAUGUUGAAUAGUUUUAGUUCCUGGGUCAAGUCACAAAGUAGUAUACCAGGGCAUGAUCAUGCUAUGUUAUUUACUGGGUAUGAGAUGAUUAAGGAUGGAUCAGCAUCUAUAGCUGGUUUUGCCACCACUGGUGCCCUAUGCACAGCAAACAGUCAAUCAAUUGUAGAAGACAAAUUCAACUUUGUUAUACUAACUGUGGCGUCACACGAGCUUGGACACAGUUUGAGCGCACAACACGACGGGACUAACAAUUUUUGUAGAGCAACUGAUUCGUUCAUUAUGACUGCAACCAGCACACCUCAAUCCAAUUCACUUACAGCAAGCAAUCCCUGGAAAUUUUCGACAUGUUCUACAUCAUAUUUCAAUACAUACAUUGAUUAUCUUACUACGAAUAAUCUACAGUGUAUGACCACUUUACAUCCUGAUUAUAACUUUAAUGCAUUAUACCCUGAAAGAAACUUUUUACCUGGUCAGAAAUAUGAUGCUGAUAAACAGUGUGAACAUAUGGUUGGACCAGGAUCUGUAAUGUGCAGGCAACAAUACUCUGGUGAUUAUUCUUCUAUAUGUUCAGUCUUAUGGUGCUCUACGCUCAAUAAUCCGUCACAAUGUCAAAGUUAUGUUGCUGGAGACGGAACAUUGUGUGGAAACAAAAAGUGGUGUAAAACAGGAGUUUGUACAGCAUCAGCAAAUGCUCCUAGUGGAAGUGACACAUGCUUGUAUGGUGACCAGGUUGGUGCAAUCUUUAGUAAUGGUUGGACAUGCCAAGUUAUGUAUGUAAAAGGACCGAAUAAUUGUGCUCAAACACAGAUACAAACAUCUUGUUGUGCAAGUUGCAAUCCAACAACAGCAGCGCCAACAACGACAAAAGCUACAACUACCAAGGCAACGACUACUAAGGCAACAACUAAAACACAAUCGACACAGAAAGCGACAACAAGAGUUACAGCUUCACCUGCUACAGUCUAUAGGUUUUCUACCACACGACAACCAGGAGUUACUAUAAUCACAGAAAAAGAAGAGAAAGAUUAUUUAUUCGUAAUCAUUGCCUUUGGAGCCGGGGCUUCAAUACUUAUAUUAAUUAUCAUUAUAACAACGACCUGCUGUUGUUAUCGAAAGUCGGACACCACGCAAACACAAAAACAAAAACCAAUUUCCAAAAGACCAAAAAGCAAUGUACGCCACUCACAACCAAAGACAGGAUAUGAUAAUCGAGCUAUGAUUUACGAUAACGUAGUUCGACAAUCAGUGCCAAAAGUUCAACAUGUACAACGACAUUACAGUUAUCUACAACACGUAUAAUACUCGUCAUAUGACAAACAGAUCAUGUGAUCUAAGUAACAAUCAUAUGAUGCAUAAUUCAUAUUGUUGCAUAAUCUGUCUUACGUGUUGCAUCAAGGAUUAAUGUUCGCAGGUUACAUAAGUAUGUCACCUGAGUAUGAUGUAAUAUACAGCACAUGUGGUUGGCUUAGGUCAAAUAAUAUGACUUCAUAAGUUACAUAACAAUCAAAAUCCAUAAACAAUUGUUGUUGUCUACUAAAUGUCCAGUGGCAAAUAUAUCACCCACCAACAGGACGAGAACUAAUUUAAUAAUUAAUCAAAAUGGUUGUUUCGGAAAGGGGUGGUUUGUCACUUGAUACAUUUCAUCUUUGAAAGGACGGAAAUCAUGACUGUUGUAUGUAUAAGACUCAUUUCAUUAUGUACAUGUAUGUAAAAUUUGAUUUGCCUUGUCUAUCGAAUAUGUUAUGUCUACAUUUUUAGUUUUAGGAAGUUAUUGAG